UUCAAGGCGCAAAAUAUCAAUAAAGAGUUUCGUAACGAUAAAAAUUCGUUGAUAUGGGUCUACUAUGUACACAUAAAACUUCAUGGCUUGCAACAUACAUAUCUUAGUGAAUCCAAUUGGUUUUUCUAUCCUUUACACUUUGACACUGGAAAGAGGAUGCUUUUUAGUUUCUGAGUAAAUCUGGGGCCUUUCCCGAAGUUCCUGCUCAGGCUGCUGUGUCUCGACAUUCACAUUUGAUUUCUAAAUAGUCCUGUUGAUGAACAUGGCAGAGAAACGCGUUCAAGAAUUGCUAGGGCAAAUGCAGAAGACAUUGGAAUGCUCUAUAUGCUUGGAGAUGAUGAAAAAUCCAGUGUCAACAGGUUGUGGUCACCAGUUCUGCAGAUUCUGUUUAAUGGAAUUCUUGGAAAGGAAGCGGCAAGUACCUUGUCCUCUAUGCAAGAAACCAAUCACAAAAAGGAGUCUUAUGAAAAGGGAACAACUUGGAGAGAUGGUCGAGGGUGUAAGAAGUCUGAUUUCUGCCUUCCAGAAAGACACAGGAGCUCUGUUUUCUCCUCCGAGAGGUCCACAGACGAGUUUGUUACCAGGAACACCUGAUGCCAUCCAAACAAAGUCCUCCGCAGGAAAUAAAGCGGGGAAAAAUACAGGACUGGGAAAUGUAAGACGUACCAAAAGAAAGCAGCAUGUUGAUUUGGGAAAUGCAGAGUCUCCAUCUUUGAUUGACAGUAGUGAAAGUCUUCCUGUGACAAAGUCCAGUGAUCAGAUAACAGGGGAAAAGAGUAAGGAUCUCAGUAAGAAGGAAACCAAAGAGGAAGAUAGACGGCUAGAAUUGUUAAAGUGUAUCGAAGAAGGAACACUGAAUGCUGAUGAAUUUCUUGAAGACAAUAAUGUUGUUACUGAAAAAGAGGACAAUACUGAAAUUGGAAUGAAAGGAAAAUUGAAAAGCUCUUCUAGAAAGAAUCUUGAAAGGCAAAGUAGAACUAUGUUGGUUAGUGGUAAAUGUGAUAAGAAAGUAGAAAUUAAUUUGAAAGACUGCACUAAGGGUAACAAAGAUAAAAAACAAUCUGAAGAUGUUACUGUAGUUAAGAUGAAUUCUGUUAAGUUUAAAAAUGCUAAAAGUAUUGAAAACAAAGCUGUUGCUGAGACUAAUGAAAGUUCUGUUAAUGAUAGAAGUGGAGAUACAGAUAAUGAAAAUAAAUUAGAAUAUGAUCCAGAUGAACCUGUUUUAUCAGGUGCUUCUGUUGCAAAGGAAUCAGAAACUUCUAGUGGGCCAUUAUUCAAGACCCCCAUUGACCCAAGAAGUUUAAAACAUUCUAAAAAGGGGAAGGACUCUUCUGAACAUUUUGAGGAUAUUUCUAAAAAGUCAUUACGAUCAAUGGACAAGAAAAGAAAUAACGAUCAAGGGGAAGUUGAUACAGAUGGCAGUGGUUCAGUGAAAUUGACACCUGAAGUGUUAGUUGUUAAAGGUAAAGCUGUAAGUAGAACCUACUGCAAGAAAGAUAAAGAUUUAUUUGUGAAGGAGAAAAAGGCAACUAAAAAGGUUGCUGACUGGUUGAAAAACAUUCCUACUAUACCUAAUAAUGCAAAUACAGUUGUUGAUAAAGAUGAAAUCACUGAAGUUAAAGAAAGAAAUCAACAUAGAAGGCUGAGUAAAAAGAAAUUGAAAAUAAUGCAGGAAGAAGAAGCUAUGGGAAGUAAAAUAAAACAUUUUGCUAAACAAAUUCAGGAUAAUGGUAAAGGAGUUCUGUUUGAACUAGAUGACUUUGAAGGAGAAGACGGAAGUACAGUUACUGACUCUACAUUAAGAAGUGAUAUGGAAGAUGUUGAUAAAUCUUUAGAAAGUGAUUCUCAGGUUUGUGGAGAGAAUAAAAACAACAAUGUGGUGAUUGAUGGCAAAACAGGAAAUUUUGUUGAUAAUGAUAGAACAGUAGACACUGACACAGAAAAGAAUUGUAACAAAGAUAAUGACAUAGUUGAAGAACUAUCUGAAGACAAGAUUGGAACUGAGAAAGCUGUUGGGAAAGAGCCUGUCAGGAAGAAAAGAAUAUUUAAAAGUCGAAGUGUUCCUUCUGCUCAGUCAUUUAUUGACAAAGCUACAGUCGUAGACAACAAUAAAAACAUUAAUUUGCAGAAGACGGAAUCAAAAGAAGAAAAUAACAGUGUGUUUGGUAAUGAAAUUAUUGAGAUUGAGAGUCAGGAAUCUGAAUUGCCUUCCUCUGAUCCAUAUGAAUUCAAAUCCAGUCAGAAUACACCUAAAAAGGUCGGCAAGAAGAAGGGUAAACAGAAGAAAGGAAAACUUACUAACAAAGCCAAGGGAAAACAGAAAAGAAAAGAAAACAAUGUGGAUGUUAUUCAGGUGCAAAACAAAACGGGCAGCAAGAAGUUUGAGAAGAUGUGGGACAAGAAUUUGGUGCCUGACAAAACAAUUCUUAAAACAAGAAAUACAGAAGAAAUAGACAAAAUAUCUGCUUCUCUUCAGCUAGCAGAAGAUUAUGAUUUGUUAACUUGUACACAAGAAGCAGCUGAAAGUAUUGCCAAAGAAAAAGAAAAAUCUGAAGCAAUAGCAUCAGAUGUUCAGAAAAAAGUUCGAUUUACAGAACCAGUUAUUUCAGACUUUAUUCAGACAGGUAAAAUAGACAUAAUUGGCUAUAGGAAAGCUAGGGAAGAAUUCAGUGUAGAAAAUAAUGAAACUGGAGAUGAAAAGAACUGCGAACAAAAAAGAAAAACAGUGGCAGAAAAAUGUAUAGAAAAGAAGCAAAUUGAUGUAAAUGAUGGAGAAAAUCCAUUAGGACAAAGCAGUGAUUCUACUGAAGAUGUAGAAUCAGGUAAGAUUGAAAUAAUAUUUCAUGAACCAAAAUACUGUACAUGUAAGUUUGAAAAUUUCAUAUGGAACAUUAAGAAAUGGUCAGGGCGAAAGAGUUUCAAGAUUUGUCUAACAAUUGAUAUUCAGCCUGAAGAAAUUAAAGCACAACUUUCACAAGAACUCCUAGAAAAUGUUGUCCUGGAAACACCACUAAUUCCUCUGAACAAAGCCUCACCAAAUGUAAUAGAAGAGACAACCGCAGUAUUCUCUGUGCCAGAAUUAAACAAAAUUCUUUCUAAACCUGUAAGAAAAUCAAGGAAAUUAGGGAAAGUUAAUACAUCUUUUGAAGCUGAUGCUAAAGCUGAAACACCAGAUGUUUCUAUAUACGAACAGCAUAAAAAUACAAAAACAGUUAAAGGUGAAAUGUUUGAUAAAGACUCAGAAAUUGCUAAAAUGGAAAAAGACAAACUCCGUUCAAAGAAGGAAACAAAAGAGAAAUGUAUGACUGAUGUGAAUAUCUCAUUGCAACAUGAGAAAAUGAAAUCUGAUGUUGACAGUUUGGCAGAGUCUGAUGAAACAAAAUCACCUGAUGUAGAAUUGGUUCUGGUACAAAACACAGACAAUAAUAAACAUGAAGAAUAUGAACAGAUGCAGGUAGACAGUGACCAAGAAGCUGUUGCUGUGACUUCUCAGGAGGCCCUUAAUAGUGAAUCAACACUGACCCAAAACAGUGAAUCUUUACUGCAGCCAAGUGCAUUAAAAGCGAAGACUUUGUGUAAAACUGGCCAAAGAACUGAUAUAUAUGAACACACAAGUAUAAUAAAUACUGAAAAAGAAAUGCAGAAACAAUAUAAACCAAACUCUAAAGAUGAUAAAGAUGCUUUAGUACCAGGAGGGUGCGAUAAAUAA